GAGAUACAUAAAUCAAACGCACGUUUUGCUGAGGUUAGGGGUUAGCGCUGAUGGCUCGGCUAAGGUAGCUUUCAAUGUCUUUAAUAAGUAAACCAGUUUAUAAUUUCUAGAUUUGGAAUGGCGGAGGGUAGCGGCAAUGUUAAUGUUAAUCCAGCUAGUCUUCCUCCGGGAGACCCGCAGCUCAUCGCCAUGAUUGUGGAGCAUCUAAAGAACCAGGGACUUUUCGACGAGUUUCGCAGGGAUUGUUUGGCUGAUGUUGACACCAAGCCUGCCUAUCAGAACCUGCGACAAAAAGUUGACAACUUUGUGACGUCUCACCUCAGCACCCAGGACUGGAAACCGUCCAACAACAAGAACCAGAUGAGGAAUGGACUGAGACAAAGCGUUGUUCAAUCAGGCAUGUUGGAGUCUGGCGUGGACCGAAUUAUCACUCAGGUUGUGGACCCUAAGAUGAACCACACUUUCCGGCCACAGAUAGAAACCGCUGUCCAUGAUUUCCUCUCUGGAGACAGGAAGGAGGAGAGUACUUCCAGUUCUAGCCUUGCACCAUCUGAACAGACUGAAACACAAGAGCCCACCUGUGCCUCUGGCCCCAAAACCCCCUUUGCAAACCUUGGAGCUCUGCAGGAACACACCUCACCGGGAGGCUUCCUUCACUUUUACAGAGUUACCCGUAUGUUCUUCUGCCACCCGCUCCCACAACUUUCAGCUCCACGUGUGCUGCGCGUGCACCGGAGCUGCGCAGUGAUUGGCUGGGAGCGCUUCGGUGAACGCGCUCGGCGAGCCAGUCCUCCGCUCUGCGGCUUUUAUAGUCCCGCUGCUCGUGUCGCUGCCACACUGUCCGGGUCACACUCCUCCAAACGCACCAACCAGAACACUAGAUUAAUAAUUUAUAUAUUUAUAUUUUUUAAAAUAGGCCCCCUAUCACAGUACCCUCAGGAGAUGCCGGUGAGUCUGUCCUCUGUGAUGUUCCUGCUGCCGCUGCUGGCCUGUCUCCAGCUGCUGCUGGCUCUGGAUCUGCAGGAUGUUCAGGAGAAACAAGGAGUGAAGAAACGCCUCUCGCUGCAGAGCACGGCUGAGAUUCAGAGCUGCCUGCUGGCUUCAGGUGACGUCGGUUGUGGGAUGUUUCAGUGCUUCAGCAACAACUCCUGUGAGAUCCACGGGCUGCACCACAUAUGCCUCACACUGCUGCACAACGCCGGGCGCUACGACUCCCAGGGGAAGUCGUUUGUGAAGGACGCGCUGCGGUGCAUGGCUCUGGGACUGCGGCGGCGUUUCAGCUGCGUGAGCCGGCGGUGCUCUGCGGUAAAAGAGAUGGURUUUUCCCUCCAGAGAGAGUGCUACUCCAAACACAACCUCUGCCUAGCUCUGCARGACCACAUGGACACCAUGGGAAACCUGGUCCAGUUCCAUCUCAUGUUUCCCACCGGGCCGUAUGUGGAGCUGAUGAACUUCCUGUUGAAGUGCGGAGGCGAGGUCAGGGYGUGGGUCGGCCGGCAGCUGCGGGGGCAGUGCCAGCAGCACUGGGGGGCGCUGUGCGGCAGCUUCGCCAACAUCUGCCCUAACAACCAAUCAGACGCUCUGAAUAACACGACCGCUCCGUCAGCAGCCCGGCCCGUCACCUCCAUGGAGCCGAGCAGAGGAGCCGAGCUGCAGAACAAGACGAGGCCCGUCACCACUGAACCUAGCCUCUGUUUCUGAGCAUCCGUUCAUCUCCGACUCAUAGAUACGCCGGUUACACAGGUGCACACAGGGUACACAAACAUGAUGCGCUUAGCAGCAAAAUGAGUCAGAGUUGACAUUUUAUAAGCGUAUCUGAUGUUUGUGAAACCAGCAGCAUAAUUUAUUCAGUUUCUGGAUUUUAUUUUUAUUUUUUUGUCUAUUCACAUUUUAUCUGAACAGUUUGUACAUGGAUAAAAGCCAGCCAACUACCUCACUUUAACCUUAAAGUCCCCAUAUCGAGUGAGCACAAACACAAGCUAACACUACAGAGGGUUUGUUUCUAGCUCCAGAGCAGCUGAKGGGUUAGAGUCCCGCCUAUUUAAGUCUGUUUUUCUGUUUUAUAGUGCACCGUACAGCUAACACACAAAUAUGUGAGGUGCAGUYUGCAGGAAAGAAACCAUUGUUUGCUCGUUUUAUGUAUUUUAAAACACAACUUUUAUCACAAUUCAGACCUUCMUCAUAAAUCUAUGUUGCAAGUUGUAAAGAUUCAACUAAAACCUUAUUAAAGACAGGAACGUCUGUUUCUUUGGUUUUAUUUUGCUUUGCUGAACAGUUUCUUCUCAAGCAGAAAAGGUUGGAUAUGCUGACAUCUGUAGGAGAGCUGUGCAACAAUACACUGCGCAAUG